CUAGAUGAAUCGUUUACUCAACUGGUUGUUGUAUUGCAAUGGUGUUUUUGACAAGACAAACAGGAGAGCACGAAUUUGAGGGAGAACAACCAUGUGGACUCCAUCGCCAUUAUCAUCACUUCCCCUCAAAAUAGCAUUCAUCCUCUCUUUCUCUCUCACUGCUUCUUCUUCGUCUUACUCUCCCCCAACCCCCAACCCCCGUUAUCAUUCCAUCUCAAUUCCGAAAGUCAACUCCAAGAAACCCUCAGCGACCACCGCCUCCGCUGGAGACAUACUCGCUCUCCUUGGCACACCUCAGCAGGCUGCAUCCGUCGACCCCCAAGUUGCUGCUGAACUUCAAUCCUGCUUCAAGUUCAUCGUUCCUUUUAACCCUACUACCAACACUCCACCUGAUUCUCGUUUCAAUUUAAUAAAUCGGCUGAGCCAAUCCCUAACCGAAUCGGGAAUUCGAUUUCCGCGGCGCACGCUGAAUUCUAAACCCCGUCAUGACGCUGAGGGUUAUCAGAAUGACCUUAUCUGGUCACCACCGGCACCUGUGUUGGAGAUUGCUCGACUUGCUUUUGAUUCUGGUGGCGAUCCAGGUUCUAUUCAAGGCACCCUUGAUCCCACGAUGAUCUACGUACCUGAUUGUGAAGGCUCAAAUGAAAAUCGAUGUGAACUUACAAGAUAUCCUUAUGGAAGACACUUUAUAAACGAGGAAUUGAAUUCAUACAUGGAAUUUUUGUUCCAACUUAUUGCUGCUCGUGGUCCUAAAGUUGGGUUAAAUGUAUCAUUAAAUCGAUUUGACUUCUUUCAUGGUCAUCUUUUCAUUGCUGCAGAUGGAAGAGUUGGUAUUUUGUUUCAUGCCAAAGAAUACCCUGCAUUUGAUAAGAAAGUGUUCCCAUACAACAUGGGUUAUUGCCAAAAAGGUUCUAAUGUGACAUAUGAUGACUCGAUGAAUUUGAGGAACAUUCUUUGGCUAGCCCCUUUGCCAAGUGAUUCCACCAACACUUGGUCUGCACCUGGAGUGUUAGUGGUAUUGGAUGCGCAUCCUGGUGGAAUUAUAUAUCGGGACAUCAUACCUAACUAUGUAAAAUAUGCAAGAACAAUAUAUGAAGAUGAUUUUGGGGAUAAUGUAGUUGAUGUAAACUACCUAAAUGUGGGCACUGCAAAGCCGGACUAUCAACUAUUCAUUUGCUAAUACAUGACCAUUGAAUCUAGGGCUAUUUUCGAUAAUGAAGAUGAGAAGGGCAUUUACGUCUUUUCUACAUAGGAGAGAUUGAGUUGAGAGCAUGUCCAUAUCCCACCUUUUGGGUGUUCAUAAAAAGUUGCAAAUUAUGUGUCAAACUCGGUCCAAUUAAUGUCAAACACAAUUAAUGUCAAACACAGUACAAUAUCAUCUUGUUUGGUUAGGGUUAUCGUGUGUAG